UUUUUUUUUUCUUCUUUUUUUUUUUGCGAGUCCAUCUCUGUCGCGGGGAAGAUGGAGGGCACGGCGUACGGAGCGGGCAGGGCCGGAGGAGCCUUCGACCCCCUCACGUUCCUCCAGCAGCCUCACACGGUCCUCCGCAUGGUUUCCUGGCUUUUCUCGUUAGUGAUAUUUGGCUGCAUUGCUAACGAAGGCUACGUGAACAGGCCGGAUGAGGUGGUGGAGUACUGCGUCUUUAACCGGAACCAGAACGCCUGUAACUACGCCGUAGGUAUGGGCACGCUGGCCUUUAUUUGCUGCAUGGCCUUCCUGGCACUGGAUGUGUACUUCCCCCAGAUCAGCAGCGUAAAGGACCGCAAGAAAGCUGUGCUCGCCGACGUCGGGGUGUCAGCGUUUUGGUCCUUCGUCUGGUUUGUGGGCUUCUGCUUUAUGGCGAACCAGUGGCAAGUGGCAAAACCUGAGGACAACCCACUGAAGGAGGGCGCAGACGCCGCUCGCGCCGCCAUCACCUUCUCCUUCUUCUCCAUCUUCACCUGGGCAGGACAGUCCUUCCUGGCUUUCCAGCGCUUUAACUUGGGCGCGGAUUCGGCGCUGUUCUCGCAGGACUACACCGACCCGAGCCAGGACGCGGCCGCCGCUCCUUACAGCGCCUUCACCAACGGUGACGAGCCCGAGAGCCCUGGGGGAACAGGCUCGUACCAGCAACCCAAUGGAGAAGGGAUGUUCGAUGGGUCCGCAGGAUACCAGCGUCAGGAGUACUAACUACAUGAAGGAAAGGCAGGAGGUGGAGCUGUGUUAGUUCUGCAAGGUGGCAUGGAGUUAUGUAGGAGAUGUUUCCAGCCAGCACCAUGCAUUUGACAAGUUCAGAAUGUUUUCAGCCAUCUAGACAGCUUUAUUUGACUUUAUUUGAGUGUCAUCGUUUUGAGUGUAGGGCUUCAUUUAGGUUUGAAAGGAAGAGUGACAAAAAACGCAGGGCGUGAGGUUAGCCUUUCAAGAGAUAUACAGUAUGUGAUUAUACCAGUUUGCCUUGAACCAACAUUUUGUCUGGUGUGUUGCCUGAGUAAUCAAAGCCUUCUUCUUGGGGUUACUCAAAAUAGACAUAUAAUGUUCUGCCAAUAAGCAAGCACAGCAAUGGAGGCCGUGCUGAACAAAUUACACUAUUGAUUGGGAUCUUACAUUGGAGAAAAAAAUUACAUGACUACAUUGUUAGCGGUUUCAUUUUGAAGGCAGUUGCUGUACUAGCAGCAUCUUUCACAGGUACCUGUCCCAUUUCUUACCAUUUAAACCAAAUAGGAACCAUCGCAUUUGGGUCACCCUUUAGUCAUAAAUCUUUUAACCCAUAAGUCAUAACUUUUAGGCUGGACAGUGGAUUUGCAGUGGAUUUGCUAGUUUAUUUUUGGCUUAUAGGAGGAUAAACCCUAAACUAGCAGAAGCUAUGUAUCUGGGGCACAAGUGUUCGCUAAAUAUAUAGCUAACUAGCAAGCCAAACCUCGUGAAGUAACCUAGCUGAAUCUUAGCGACAUUUUUUUUUUACUUCCGCCAUUUUAAAAGCACAUAUUUGAACACAAACAUAGCUGUUAGUUACAAGAAAAGCAGUUUGCUAACAAUUUGAAAAACCCAACGAUUCAAAAUAAAUCAAAUUUUCAUAUGAUCAAGUGAAUAUGGAGAAGAGUCCUUAGCUGAGCCAAAAAAAAAGGAAUCAUACCUGUCAAAAAAACCAAAAAAAACAUGAAAUCCAAUACACAAACAACAUUUUCAUUAGUGACAUGCAGAAAACAUGCCACACUGAAAAGCAAAAACUUGUUAAUGAAAAACAGUCAGCAGGGGACUGCUUUUUAAGAAUUAAAGUCUAAACUUGUUUCAAAUGUAAAUGUGAUCCACUUUUAGUAGCAAUUCACCCCAAUGUAUUGCAUUUCACUGUGCGAUUCUGUUUUAAGACAGAAAAGGAAUCACACUGGUAAAAAAAAAAAAAGAAGAAGAAGAAGAAAUACAAUACACAGUCACAAUGUGAUGCUUUUUUUUUUUUGUUAGUGUCAUACAGAACAUGCCACACUGAAAAGCAAAUCAUUCAUUGUUCACCAUUCUCUUAUGUUGUUUGGUCUUGUUAAUGAAAAACAAUCAGCAGAUGAUUUUUAAUAAUGAAAUGCUGAAAUUGUGUCAGAUGUAAAUGUAAUCCAUGUUUAAAAUCAUUGCAAUUCCCUGCCCAAAUCUGUUUAAAAUAGAAAUCCCACUUAAAAAAAAUUAAUAAAAAUCCCUGAAAUGCACUACAUAAUCUGUAUGGCUUUGCAUUAGCAACAUGUAGAAAACAUGCCACUCUGAAAAGCAAAACCAUUGCCCUUACGUUGCUUGGUCUCUUUAAUGAAAAACAAUUGGAAGUGUAUUAUAUUUCAUCUUCAUCUUUCACCAGUGUAAUUGUUUCUUCGCUCUGGCAUGGAAUCUUGUCCAUAUGUGAACAAUAUUCUAUCCCUGAUGCUCACUUUUAGUGAAAAUAAAGGACCUUCAGGGACAGCUGUCCUCCAAAUUGGAGCAUGCCAAUGCUGUGCAAAAAUGCUGUCAAGCUACAAAGCUGUCUUCUAAUUGGAACAUAAGUAUGUGCCCCCCCAACAGCCCCAGCCCAAAAAUUGCGACUUAUAUAAUUUCAUAGCAUUUUAAGACCGUACCCACGUGCUUAUGAGUGUCUUAACCUGCAUGUGCAUGUAUGAUUGGAAAUAAAUAUCUAGAUAUUACCCAUUUUACGAGCUUAUUUUGCUCAUUGAGACACUCAAGACAAUGAUCAUAUCACUAUAUUGUCAUGGAAAUGAUCAAAUUAUAUUGGAAACCAUAUGAAACAAAUACUGCCGCUAACACACGUCUGAUCACGGUGCCUCCACUUGCACUCGUCAGCCGUACAAAUGAAGUGUGUGUUUUAUGGUGUCAGAAAUACCGCAUGUCUCGGCGAGUCUGUUUGUCUCUGUGUGGUGAGAGGAUGAAAAUGGUGGUUGUACGGUGAAUAGCUCUGUGUUCCAUGUUUUAUUUCUUAUAAAAUGCCCUUGUUGACUUCACUUCACAACUUCCAAGUGCAUAUCGGCUACAUCACUUCAUUCGUCAGCCCUUGUUUUUGGUCAUAUUGCAUUGCUAAUUAGCUGUUUUCCUAGCUAGUAUACAAGAGCGUUUGCUAACUAGCUUGAAUGCUAAUUAGCUAGCUUAUUAACUAGCUUACAGACUAAAGUUACGUUUCUUGUUGUAAGUUGUAUCGGUGGAGUAAAUGGCUACAUCUGGAUGCAGCAAAGCACUUCUAAAACUUAAAAACAUCACCUUAAAUAGUACUUAAAAAUCAUAUAUACAAAUUAAAUUGUUAAAAUUGUUUUUGUAAGUAAUAAACCCACAUGAAAUGGAGGGCUGUUACACCCGGAAGUUAAUUAUUUUCCUGUAACAGUACAUCCUGAACUGUUUUAUUCCUCUUAUAACACAGCAAUUUGCCAACAUUUAUAACUUUUCAUGUAUUAAUAAAUGACGUGUCAUACUUUUUAUCUGUUUAUGGUUACAUUUAAUGUUGUGGAACAUCCACAAAACAAGUUUGUUCCUGUUAUCACUUACAUUAUAAACAGUCGUUCAUUCACCAGCCUAAUUUUUUCUCUCUCUGUUAGUUGAGCAAAACCCCACAAAACACAAAUCCCUUUGUCCUGAAGAAUUUCCUGUCUCAGACAAUGUAAGGCUACAGCUAUGCUAUAUUACAGUGGUCUGUUAGGAAGCGCUGACACUGGAGACUCCUUCAAAAUAAAAAAUGCACAUCAGCACUUCACAUCAACAAUUACACACGUUUUUAUCUUUUUAUGUGGAGAGUUCACCAGAGAAGUCCUUGUCAGUUGUUUCAAUCAAAACACUAAUGUAUUAGAACCUGAUUUGCCUCACAAAUUUGGAACUACCGCCUGAGCUGCUGUUGUAGAAAAUUAAUCAACACCUUCUGACCAAUCAGAAUCGAGAAUUCAACAGCGCUGUGGUAGAGAUUGGUUGACUAUGGCUUGUUUCUGUGUUUCACUUUUCUAUGUACACAUUUUCUGGCUUGGUAAUUAGCUCUAGCAGAACAGAGAUAUUCAGUUCUGCUCUUUUUUCCGGGUAAGGAGGCAAGGCAAGCUUUUAUUUCAAAGACAGUUCAUUUUAUAGACAGUAGUGGGCGCCAGAAUGAAUGUUAAUUAAUUUAUUUAUUUAUUUUCCGCUUUCGGCUGCUCCAGUUCAGGGUCACCACAGUGGAUCACUCGUCCGCAUAUUUGAUUCUGGCACAAGUUUUUUUUCUACGCCGAAUGCCCUUCUUGACACAACCCUCCCCAUUUUCCAGGCUUGGGAUCGGCACUGAGAGUGCACUGGCUUGUGCAACUGGCUUGUGCAACCAUCCAGUGGCUUGGGGUCGGUUCCCUGACUGGGAAUUGUACCCGGGCUGCAGCAGUGAGAGGGCCGCAUGCUAGCCACUAGUCCACCAGGGAACCAAAAUGAGUGUUCAUUUAAGUGUAAUUUUGUAAAACCUUCAUAAAUAGCUUCAGAUUUUUUUUUCUGAAUAAUGAGAAGGCAACAAAGGCAUGUUGAAGCAGUACUGGAACACAGCGUAAGGCUGUAAUCAUGUUAAAACCACUCAACAGUUCACUAGGUCCAGCAUGUAGCCAGACAAACACCCACACCUCGAUUAUUUCAGUUUUACGAUGGUAGCAUCAGCAUCUGCAGCUUGGCAUCUCAAUGUCAGCUCUGCAUUCGUACUCAGAUCAGAUUCUUCUCCAGCAUCCAUCGUCUUGGCUAUAUAUAUAUAUAUAUAUAUAUAUAUAUAUAUAUAUAUAUGUAUAUAUAUAUAUAUAUAUAUAUAUAUACAUAUAUAUAUAUAUAUAUAUUAAAUAACUUCAUAGUAACACGGGCAUAUGUGAAUAGUCAUGGCUGUAAAAAUAAAAAGUUAUUUAUCGAAAUCAUCCAUAUUUUCUGUGCUAGUAGGGCUUAUUGACAAGAUAAAGGAUAAAUCAUUGUUUUUUUUUUCUAAACAGACAAUAUUUUUGCUUAAUGUGUCUGAAGGAACUGAUUCUUUGCUCCAAUAUCAUUUCAUAUAACAGUAUAUAUGUAAAUCUGUAAUUGAAUAAUAUAAAACUUUAUUUUAAAACAUUAAGGUGUGAAAAGUAUACACAACUCUGGUGUCCUUCUGUCUCUCCUGUAUUUACGUGACUCAUCUCUCUCUCUCUCUCUCUCGCUCUGUAUUGAACUUUUUUUUUCUGAAUUCACAGUCUGAAAAUAUGAUUUUAUUUUGGAAUAUUACAUAUUAUAUGACUCUAUAUAAAACAGUUGGCAGAUGAAAUUAUAUAGCUAUGUAGGAUUGUGUGACCUUCUCUGUGUUAUUCUAGAUAGCUACAGGAAAAAAAAAAAAAAAAAGGAAAAUGAGUCUAUUGAGUGCUACUGUUUUUGAUGUAAUGGAUUUUAUGUAUAUUUAAAGACAAUA